CGCACAGUGCCUGCACGAUGCAUCGACAAUGACGUCCAUUCGCAGAGAGAACACUCCCGAGAGACGUUUCAGCUGGCCGCGGCAGCAAAAUGGGAUUGCGAUGACUGGUGCGGUCACGUUUGCGAGACGAGCGCGCGCGCGCGCUCUAGCACCUGUUCCACCUGGCUUCUGUGCGCGUCUUCGGGCCACCCAAUAGCCAUGUCAGUGUGCUGAUAGAUCCGCGUCAUCGUUACGAUAUAUCGGCCUCCGUGCUCGUGCGUAUAAAGCGAGCAAGGGCAGAAGCUCCUUCGGCUUGCUUCGCUAGCUCUCGAGUUUACCUGACGGUCUUCCUCGCGCGAACGACCAUCAUGUUGUUCCCGACCGUCGUCCUCGCGCUCUCCUCUGCAUGGCUCGCCGCUGCCGCGCCGACUCGCCGCAGCGCGCCCGCCGCAGUGACAGACACGAGCAUCAUGCAGUAUGCGCUCACGCUAGAGCACAUCGAGCACGCGUUCUACGUGCAAGGCCUCGGGCAGUACGACGCGCAGGCGUUCUGCGACGCGGGGUACGAGCCUUGGGUCCGCGGCAGAUUCGCCCAGAUCAGGGAGCACGAGCGCACGCACGUCGAGUUCUUGACGAGCCAGCUUGGUGCGGACGCCCCGGCGCCGUGCAACUACUCCUACCCGUACACAGAUAUUCCCUCGUUUGUGGCGCUGUCGCAGACCCUCGAGGAGGUCGGCGCUGCGGCGUAUAUGGGCGCGGCGAUCUCUGUCGAAAGCCAGGACGUCUUGUCCGCCGCACUGGCCAUCUCGCAUAUCGAAGCGCGACAGGCGGGCUGGGUCAGCUCUGCCCUCCAGAAGGAACAGCCCUGGGACGGUGACUACGAGACACCCCUGUACUUCAGCGGUGUGUGGUCCCUCGCAUCGGGCUUCAUCACCUCCUGUCCCGCGACGAACCCCGACCUGCCCGUGCAAGCUUUCCCCGCGCUGACGCUCACGCCCGCCGCGCCCGUGAUGGGCCAGAACGUCAGUGUGUCGUACAACAGCACCGGCGCGCCCGUCUCCGCUAACGGCACGACAUGGCUGGCGUGGUACCACGACAUGAACACGACGUUCACUGCGAUUGGCCCGGACGGCAUUACGACUGUGCCGGACGGCCUGCGCGGGACGGUGUUCGCGGGUGUGGUGAGCAACACGACCGUGACGAGGGACGACGCGACGAUGUUGAGCGGACUGGCGGCCUUGUCGUUCCCGUAUAGCUCGUAUGCGGUCGUCGGUGCAUGAG